AUGAGUAAAACAAUAUCUGGAAACGAUGUGGUAAUCAGUGGUAUCGCCGGACGGUUCCCGCUGUCCAACAACACCGACGAAUUGGCUCGCAAUCUGUACGACGGCGUCGAUAUGAUCACCGCUGAUGACAGCCGAUGGCCAGAGGGCACGUUUGAUCUGAAUCCACGGAUUGGCAAAAUCCAUGACUUCUAUCAGUUUGACUCGACUUUCUUCGGACUCCCGCAACAGAUAUCGGAAAGGGUUGACCCGCAGGCGCGGAUGCUUCUCGAGGUUACCUACGAGGCCAUUAUCGACGCAGGUAUGAGUCCGCAAUCACUACGUGGUAGUAAGACUGGUGUAUACGUUGGGGUCUCCAUAUACCCCAUGACUGAAGGCUAUCCCGACGAUAUUCAGCCCGAUUUGAAGCAAAGUCUGCAGAGAGCGACAAUGCAGACCCUCUCCAAUUUGAAAUCCCUUUACGCCAGUCGUAUAUCAUUUGUGUUUGAUUUUAAGGGCCCGUCACUGAUGGUGGACACCGCCUGUUCGGCCAGUCUAUCGGCCACUACUCUGGCGAUGAACGACAUGAAACUCGGAAACAUCGAUACAGCGAUCGUUUGCGGCACUCAUAUGCUGUUCGAGCCAUUCGUACUGCAGUUCCAACAGGAGGCGGGUCUGUGUUCGCCCAGAGGUGUGGCCGCAGUCCUCGAUCAGGACGCCGACGGCUUUAUCAAAGGCGAGGCCGUGUGCUGUGCUUUCCUACAGCGCAGAGGCGACGCCCGGCGUGUUUACGCGACCAUGGUCAAUGCCAAAAUGAACAUCGAUGGUAAUAAAACGACCGGAAUGUUCUUCCCAUUGGCCGAAGCACAGGAAGAGCUCAUGAUUGACGCCUACAACCAAGUCAAUGUGAACCCUCUUGACCUCACCUAUUUCGAGGCUCACUGUACUGGCACCAAGGCGGGCGAUCCCCAGGAAAUAAAGGCCAUAUAUAAUGCUUACGUUAAGGCUCCGGGACGUACUGAACCCCUGCCAUUGGGGGCGUUAAAGAGUAAUAUGGGUCACGCGGAGGCCGGUUCGGGUGUGGCGGCCAUUAUUAAAGUGUGCAUCGCUUACGAGAAUGAAUGCAUUCCUCCCAACCUUAAUAUGAAACAACUGAAAGACGAAUGCCUUCCAUAUUGUCCGCCAAUAAAGCCUAUUGUGGAGUCCAUGCCAUAUAAACCAGGUUUGGCCGCAAUCAACAAUUUCGGUAUCGGCGGUGCGAACGCACACGUAUUGCUCGAACCCAACUAUAAGUUGGGAACCAGUGAUGGACUGAGAAUUGCGGAAACGAUUCCCAGAAUUGUUAACAUUUGCGGCCGAACUGAAGAUGCGGUCAAAUAUGUGAUGGAUUUCAUACAAAACAACCCAAAGAGAGUGACGAAUGACUUUUUGGCACUUUUGGCGCAGACUAUGAAAUACACGGCUAAUGUUAACUCAUCGGGAAUGCCAUUCAAGGGAUCACUUAUAAUAAAAAAGGUGUCGGAAAGUAGUAAUAAUAUUAAUUAUGAAUACAAGAGGCAAAUAGGCUUUCAAAAAGGCAAAAGUGCUCGACCUCUAUGGCUACUGUUCCCGGGUUUGGGCGGUCAGUGGCCGGCAAUGGCUAAGGCUUUGAUGCCUAUCAAGAUAUUCGCCGAUAAAGUGGAAGAAUGCCAUCAAAUACUCAAAGAGUUUGGCAUUGAUUUGAAACCAAUGUUAUUAUCUGAAGACAAGGCAUCGAUGGCUUCAAUGACCGCAAAGUUCUGUUCGACGACUGCUAUAGAGAUAGCGUUGUUUGAAGUGAUGAAAGCGCUGGACAUCACACCCGACGGUAUAAUUGGCCACUCGUUUGGAGAGAUAGCCUGUGCUUACGCUGACGGGUGUCUCAACACAAGGGAAGCAAUGGUCGUCACAUCAAACCGGGGAAUAGUCUCAGAAAAUAACAAAACUAUACCCAAAGGACUGAUGGCUGUCGUGGGGUUACCCAAGUCUGAGGCCCAGAAGUUGUGUCCAAACGGUGUUUACAUCGCCUGUAAUAACGCUAAGGAUAGUGUCGUUAUAUCCGGUCUGGAAAAGGAGAUGAAAGAAACAAUUAAAGUAUUGGAAGAGAAAAAAAUAUUUGUCCGCCAAUUAGAGAGCAGUAAUAUUGCCUACCAUUCAAAAUACAUCCAAACCGCUGCCCAACCGUUGAUCGACGCCAUCAAUAAACAUAUACCGCAUCCGAAGCCGCGCUCCAAGAAAUGGUUGUCCACUUCACUCAUGAGCGCCGACCCGACAGAGGAGGCCCUGCGGUACGCGUCGGGCGAGUAUUUUGCCCACAAUUUCGUUAACCCGGUUAUGUUUUACGACCGCUUUAAACAACUGCCGGCCGACGCCAUUGUCUUAGAGAUCGGUCCGCAUUCACUGUUUGGCAAAAUAGUGACCGAAACGCUCAAUGAGUCCUCUUAUGUGUCGCUCAUUAAAAAGGAUUCAAACGACAAGAAUAUGGAUUUAUUUUUGUCCGGUUUGGCCACUCUGUAUGAGUUGGGCGUAAACCUGUCACCAGAAAAGCUGUACCCGCGGUGUGAGUGGCCGGUGGCCCGCAAUACGCAGUCGAUUAACUCGUUGAUCAAAUGGGAUCACAGUUUAGUCAUUCCGCGCCGUAUAUAUCCGGAGCGCUGGUGUAGAGGAAGAGCCGCUGACAUGAAUGUUAUCGUCAAUUGUGGCACAAAAGAGGACGAGUUUUAUUUGGACCACUCCGUAGACGGCAAUCCUAUAUUCCCGGCCACCGGCUAUUUAAUGCUGGCCUGGCGUAAAUUGGCCGCCGAUAUGGGCAAACUAUGGUACAGCGUACCGGUCAUUUUUGAGAAUGUUCAAUUAAAAAGGGCCUUAUUUUUAACCCAGGAUCAAAACACUAUUCUUACAGUGAAAUAUCUUCCAUUAACAGGUGAGUUCACAAUAUACGAGAACGAAAACGUAUGCGUGUCGGGCAAAAUGCGUGCGCCGGGCGAUGACGUGCUAAUAGCACAGCACCUGAUCUACGAAAAUGAGUCCAAACUAUCUGAGAGCCAGUACUCGGUUGAGAGGCACGACAUAUACAAAGAGUUGGGAAUUAUGGGCUUAGACUACGGGCCGGCGUUUCAACGGCUCCACAAAGUGGGCACAAAUGACUUCAACGAGUUCUACGGUGAGUGCGAAUGGGAC